AUGGAAAAAACCAAAGAGCUGGUGUUCAUCCCCGGUCCCGGGUUAGGCCACCUUGUCUCCGCCGUGGAAACUGGACAGAAAAUCCUCAGCCGCCACCACCAUCUUUUUAUUACAUAUCUUCUCAUGGAUAUGAUUCCUAACGACAAACCCCUUUACAACUAUACACAAUCUCUGUCAUCAGCCACCACUCCCCCGCCCCGCCUCCGAUUCACCAACGUCAGCAGAACUCAACCCGAUUACACCCAAGAACUCAACCCAAAAAAUCCUUCUGCACUCCUCGUUGAAUAUAUCUGCAGUCAAAAGCCACUAGUGAGAGAAGCCGUUCUUGAAAUCAUAAAGUUCGAGUCUUCCCAGGUUGUUGGAUUCAUAGUGGACUUGUUCUGUGUAAGCAUGAUUGAUGUCGCUGAUGAGUUCAAGAUUCCGAGUUAUGUGUUUUUUACUUCCUCCGCGGGAUUUCUAUCCAUCAUGUUACAGGUCCAGACUAUUAGUGACGAGUUGAAGCAGGACAUCACUGAGUACAAGGACACUGACAAAGAAUUGCUGAUUCCGGGUUUUCAGAAUCAAGUUCCAGCCAAGGUUUUGCCUUCUGGAAUGCUGGAUAAACAUGGCACUUUCGAUUUAGACAUGUCUAUUGCUCGAGGAAUCCGACGUUCCAAAGGAAUUAUAGUUAACACAUUUAUGGAGCUUGAGACAGAUCCAAUGAAAGCCCUUCUGUCAGAUGGCAAGAACCCGCCGGUUUAUACGAUUGGGCCUGUAAUCAAUCUUAAGCAUCAUUCGGAUGAGGAUGAGAAGAUAAGGAGGUGGUUGGACAAUCAGCCUGUGUCUUCGGUGGUGUUUUUGUGCUUCGGAAGUUGGGGAUGGUUGAAGGGGGAACAAGUCAAGGAGGUAGCUGCAGCACUCGAACGGUCGGGCUAUAGAUUCUUAUGGUCUUUACGGCGGCCGCCAAUGGAUGGCACAGUGGGUUCUCUAAAUGAUUAUGAAAAUCCUGGGGAAGUUCUGCCAUCAGGUUUUCUAGAAAGAACUUGUGGUGUCGGAAAAGUAACCGGGUGGACACCUCAAGUGGCUGUGCUGUCCCACCCGGCCAUCGGUGGGUUCGUGUCACAUUGCGGCUGGAAUUCUAUAUUGGAGAGCGUAUGGUUCGGGGUGCCCAUAGCAGGAUGGCCUAUAUAUGCCGAGCAGCAUAUGAAUGCAUUUGAGAUGGUAGUAGAAUUGGGGUUGGCAGUUGAUAUAAACAUGGACAGAAAAAUCAUUGUAAGUAGUGAAGAAAUAGAAAGGGGAAUUAGACAGCUUAUGAAUGGGAAUGAAAUUAGAAAGAAAGUGAAGGAAAUGAAAGAAAAGAGCCAUAAAACUUUGAUUGAGGGUGGUUCGUCCUACGAUUUCUUGGGACGUCUGAUCGAUGUCAUUGUGCAAGACUCGAUCUUCUCUAAUACAUGA